CUGCUCCGCCUCCCUCCCCGCGGGCUGUUCCCGCAGUGCUCGGGGACCCGGCGAGCCUUCGGGACGCGUGUCGCUGCUCGUCGUUGGGGCUCUAGCGAUAAUAAAUGAUAGAGGAUACAAUGACUUUGCUGUCUCUGCUGGGUCGCAUCAUGCGCUACUUCUUGCUGAGACCCGAGACGCUUUUCCUGCUGUGCAUCAGCUUGGCGCUUUGGAGUUACUUCUUCCACACCGACGAGGUGAAGACCAUCGUCAAGUCCAGCCGGGACGCCGUGAAGAUGGUGAAGGGCAAGGUAGCCGAGAUCAUGCAGAACGAUCGACUCGGGGGGCUUGAUGUGCUGGAGGCUGAGUUUUCCAAGACCUGGGAGUUCAAGAGCCACAACGUGGCCGUGUACUCCAUCCAGGGUCGGAGAGACCACAUGGAGGACCGGUUCGAAGUUCUUACGGAUCUGGCCAACAAGACACACCCGUCCAUCUUUGGGAUCUUCGAUGGGCACGGGGGAGAGACUGCAGCUGAAUAUGUAAAAUCUCGACUCCCAGAGGCCCUUAAACACCAUCUUCAGGACUACGAGAAAGACAAAGAAAAUAGUGUAUUGUCUUACCAGACCAUCCUUGAACAGCAGAUUCUGUCAAUUGACCGAGAAAUGCUAGAAAAAUUGACUGUAUCUUAUGAUGAAGCAGGCACAACGUGUUUGAUUGCUCUACUAUCAGAUAAAGACCUCACUGUGGCCAACGUGGGUGACUCAAGAGGAGUCCUGUGUGACAAAGAUGGGAAUGCCAUUCCUUUGUCUCAUGAUCACAAGCCUUACCAACUGAAGGAAAGAAAGAGGAUAAAAAGAGCUGGUGGUUUCAUCAGUUUCAAUGGCUCCUGGAGGGUCCAGGGAAUCCUGGCCAUGUCUCGGUCACUGGGGGAUUAUCCACUGAAAAAUCUCAACGUUGUCAUUCCAGACCCAGAUAUCCUGACCUUUGACCUGGACAAGCUCCAGCCUGAAUUCAUGAUUUUGGCAUCAGAUGGCCUCUGGGAUGCUUUCAGCAAUGAAGAAGCAGUUCGAUUCAUCAAGGAACGCUUGGAUGAACCUCACUUUGGGGCCAAGAGCAUAGUUUUACAGUCAUUUUACAGAGGUUGCCCUGACAAUAUAACAGUCAUGGUGGUGAAGUUCAGGAAUAGCAGCAAAACAGAAGAGCAGUGAACCCUUCAGGGGUCUCAGCUGCCUUAGACUAAAGGACUUUCAACACACUGGUCUCUUUUAAUAUAGUAAAAGGUGUGAGACUUGUAAUUAGGAUCAUCCAUCCCAGACACGGAAUUCCCCUCUCCCUGGUGGUCUUAGGUCUGUAUUCAGUGAUGAACAGAGGGUACUCUUGGCCAAUGCAGUUGAGAAGCUGAAAAGUGGUUUCUUCAUGUUUUCCCAACACGUUCAUCCAAUGUCCAAAGUAUAUAAGUAGCUGUAGAUUCACAUGUAUGAAGUGAUUAAUGUACAUGCCGUGUAGUUUCCCUUUUAAGAUUUUUUUCAACAUCCUGUUCAGGGUCCUCCAGACAUCAGCCAUUGUGUCCUCUCUUUGGAACAGUGGGAAGGGCAGGCCUCCCAGUGCUACAGGAGCCAGGCUGCCAUGCAUGGUCAGGUGCUGAAGUGGCCACAUCUUCUGCGGAGAAGCAGAACUAUCCUGAGAGUGCUUUCUCCUCCUGAGCCCAGGAGUUCUGCUCAGCAGCAGCCCCGAAGCGGGUUUGGAGUGGUUUAUUAUUCGGUGGCUGUUCUUGGAGACAGAGGGAAGCACGGAGAAUCAGUGGCAGCCACCUACACAGCAGAAAUAACCCUCUUCCCUCACUCCCUUUAUUAGUUAAAUAGACUUUGUAUACCACCUGGCCAGCCUUUGUGAGUUUAUCCUAAUCAUGCAUGACCUUAACCUUUUGCUUAGACCUUACUGUAUGUACUAGGCAGCUGUUUACUUCACCACCAGACACCAUGAUUUUUUGUCUUACAUCACCAAAAAACCAUGUUAGGGGAAAUGAAAAAAGCAAGUCACAAUUCCAUAAUUUCUUCCAUCUUUAAGGGUAGAUCGAGGAAAACAAUGAUGAACGAGUCACAGUGCCCCUUGGGAAGUAGGCCGUUUGCACUGAGAGAAAGGAGCGAGCUGUGAGGUUACCACCCCGAAUGGAGCCCCAGCUGCAGUUUUUGUGUGACCCCCACCUCCAUCCUCGUAGCUUUUAAGUGGCUUUCAAGCAGUGUUCUGGGAAGCAGCAGCCUAGAACUGCAUGUGUAUUCCUUGAAGUGUGCAGAGUUCCCUGUCAUUGCAGUUUGGAGUUUGGUGGGAAAUUACUGGAAUGUGCUUCUCCUUGACAGUGAAAGUUAGCAGCCUUUAACAUUUGGUUGCAAAUACCAAUCCACACUGGUAGCUUUUGCUGGACAAACACAGACCACUCCACGCUGCCUGCAGGGGAGGCAACCAAGGGACACCUGGGGGACUUGGGUGCCGUGGCAACAACACUAAAUGGGAAUUCAAGUGUUUGCCCAUAUUGAUAAGUGGCCCAGAGUUAUUUGAGGACCUGGCUUACUGUUCUCCAUUUCCUGUCACCAAAGUCUCAUUUUUCCAACCUCAGUAUUAUAUAAGUUAAUUUAGAGAAAAUGCUGGGUCAUUUGUCUUUGCCUAACUAAGGCGGCUUAAACAGCUAGACAAGAUUUUUUUGUGUCCCCAUCCCUCUGUGUCCACGUGGUUUUGUUCUUCCCGAGUGGGCAUUUGCUGUUACAGCUUCUUGCAGGCCCCAUUGACUGGGCACCUCCUACCCGUGGUGCCUCGCCUCUGCCCUCCCUCAACUGUAGAGCUUUCUUUCCCAGAGCUGUUUGCAGGAGAGAACUCUGGAGAAUGAAAAUAUUGCCUAUGGCUGCCAGGGAAUGCAAUCUGUCCUGAUUCCUCCAAACACUUUCCUUUGUACUGAAAAUUACUAAUGGUUUCCCAAGAAAUUUGCUUACUUUUGUAUACUAUGUGUUUAAAUAUUAGAAUUAGAACCCCAGUUAUUGUUUUCUAGCCAUACAUAGAAUGUUCUAGUACAAAAUAUCUGCCACCAUUUUAGAU